AUGUCAGCAGGGAGGGAGCGCAAAUAUGUAAUGGUCAGCGGCAAGGGCGGCGUGGGCAAGACCAGCCUGGCCGCCUCGCUGGCAGUACAGUUUGCAGCUGACGGCCACAACACACUCGUCGUGUCGACAGACCCUGCACACUCCCUGUCAGACUCCCUUGCGCAGGAUGUGAGCGGCGGCAAGCCAGUGCCUGUGGAGGGAACAGCGCUGCCGUUAUGGGGGCUGGAAAUAGACCCAGACCGAGCCAAGGAGGACUUCAAGGCCUUCAACGCCAGGGACGAUGGGAAGGGCACGAAGGAUUUCAUGAGCGGCAUGGGGUUGGGGAUGCUGUCUGAGCAGCUGGCCGACCUCAAACUGGGCGAGCUGCUGGACACCCCGCCACCUGGACUGGACGAAGCAGUCGCCAUCGCCAAGGUGGUGGAGUUCGUGAGAGGCGAGGAGUAUGCGCGCUUCAGCCGCAUUGUCUUUGACACGGCGCCGACCGGGCACACGCUGCGGCUGCUCACGGUGCCGGAUUUUGUGGAGGCGGCGCUCGGGAAGCUGAUCCGCCUGCGCAAGAAGCUGACGGCCGCGGGUGACGCCGUGCGCGGCAUCUUUGGGGUGACCAACCAGGACGUGGCCAUCCAGAAGCUCGAGGCGCUCCGAGCGCGCAUGGAGGACGCGCGCGCUCUGUUCCGCAACCCGGAGACAACUGAGUUUGUCAUCGUGACUAUUCCGACAGUCAUGGCCGUUGCGGAGAGCGGCCGCCUCGCCAAAGCCCUGCGCUCAGAGUCCGUCCCAGUCAAAUCUAUCCUCAUCAACCAGGUGCUGAAUGAGAACGCGACGGAGCAGUUCAUGGCAACGCGGAGGCGCGAGCAGCAGAGGGCGCUGCAGAAACUGCGCGAAGAUCCGGGCCUGGGUGAGCUGGACAUAAUUGAGGCGCCCCUGUUUGACCUGGAGGUCAGGGGCGUUCCUGCGCUGCAGUACUUUGGCAGCCGCGUCUGGGACUCCCCGCAGGAGCACUGACAGCCGGCUUCAAUUGCUUAUGUGAUUGUGCGAGAAUGAGCAGGGAACGAGCAGUGGGUUCUGUCUUGAGAUCAAGCUUGGUCCUGCAUGCAUGCUUAAAGAUGAAAUCCCAUGACACUUCUCAGUGCGCUACGCUCUGUGGCGAUGAUGAUGAGGGCUCCACUGUGGUUCUUUGUUGUAACCUCACAAUUCUUUGC